GCCGACCAAAAACACACACACAGUCACACACAACUUCCGACUUCAAUGGAAGUCUUGUGUCAACCCCCUUCUCCAACAACCAUCAUUUCUUCUCCCAAAACACACCUCAAAACAUUCUCCACCUUCUUCUCUGUUCCUAACCGAACAUCAUCAAAAUGUUUGACUUUCAAAGUCAAAAUGUGUCUCUCUGCUGCUUCUGUUCCUCAGACUCCUUGUUCACUUCAAAUGGCUGCAGCUGCUGGUGGUGGCGGGAAGAUGGUGGUUGAGUUAGUUGGCACAUUUAACGAACUAACCGAACGAAUGAACAAUAACAACAACAACAAUCAUCAUUUACUUUCCACCACUUCUUCUCGGCUGCUUUUUAAAACCCUUAAACUUUGUCUUCCAAUUUUGCAAACUUUGUCUCUUGCUCCCGAUGGCCGCUCCCGUCUCUCUCGUGCCCUUUCCGUUGCUCUCCUCCUCGCCGAUCUCCAGAUGGAUGCUGAAGUUAUUUCUGCUGGGAUACUAAGAGAAGUUGUGGACGCGGGCGGCAUAAGCAUGUACCAAGUCAAGGAUCGUAUAGGUAUUAGCACGGCUCAUUUAUUGCACGAGAGUUUUCGUGUCAACAACAUUGCAUCCAAAGUCGACACUUAUGAUGAGGAAACUGCUUCUGCGCUUAGGAAAUUCUGUCUGACGUAUUAUGAUGUUAGGGCAUUGAUUCUUCAUCUUGCUCUGAAGCUUGAUAUGAUGAGACAUUUGGAGUACCUGCCAAGAAGCCAACAGCAAAUGGUAUCUCUCGAGGUUAUGAAAAUCCAUGCUCCUUUAGCACAUGCUGUUGGGACAAAUUCAUUAUCCCUUGAACUUGAAGAUCUCUCUUUUCAGUACUUGUUUCCUUACUCUUAUCUUUAUGUAAAUACCUGGUUAAGGAGCCACGAGACAGGAAGUAAGCCGAUAAUAGAUGUUCUCAAGGAACAACUGCUACAAUUGUUAAAUUCGGAUCCCGUUUUAGCAGAUAUGGUGGAUGAGAUUUCAGUUGAAGGCCGUUAUAAAAGUCAUUAUAGCACGAUGAAGAAGUUACUGAGAGAUGGGCGUAAACCGGAGGAGGUCUAUGACAUUUUAGGUUUGCGAGUGAUAUUAAAGACAUCAGAUGAAGGGGAGAAAGCAUGUUAUAGGGCACGGUCAGUAAUCCAAUCUUUAUGGAAAGAGGUCCCCAGCAGAUCUAAAGAUUAUAUUGCAAGGCCUAAAGCUAAUGGUUACAAGAGUCUGCACAUGGCGGUUGAUGUGAGUGGUAGUGGCAGGACUAGACCUCUAAUGGAGAUACAAAUAAGGACAUCAGAGAUGAAUAUUCAAGCGUCUGAUGGAACAGCUUCACACGCAUUUUACAAAGGUGGUCUUACUAAUCCAGAAGAGGCAAAACGGCUCAAGACCAUUAUGAUAGCUGCUGCUGAGUAUGCUGCAUUGCGGUUAAAAGAUUUUACUUCCAGAAAUUCAAAAGGUGAUGGGAGUGACAGCAGAAAUCGUAUAUUCCGUCUCCUAGACAAAAAUGGAGAUGGUAAGAUUAGCAUCGAGGAGCUAACGGAAGUGAUGAUAGAGCUUGGUGCACAAGGUGAUGAUGCUCGGGAGAUGAUGCAGCUCCUUGAUGCCAACAGUGAUGGUUCCUUGAGCUCUGAUGAGUUUGACAAGUUCCAAAAGCAGGUUGAACUGAUGCGAGGCUUAGAAGAUAGAGAUGAUGAAUACAAAAGCUUGUUAAAUGAGAAGCUUCAAGGGGCAGAUGGAAGUGGUUUGAUUCAGGUGUACAGAAAAGAACUUGAAGAUAGGCUUGCUGUAAGUUAGCCUUCCAUUAUGGUUGAACCGAACCUCAUUGUAAGUAAACAUGUGCCAACUGGUACAUAAUCAUGAUGUCCAUUAUUGUGUAUACUUCUACAAUGACACUAGUUACCUAGAUAAUUAUUAGUGUGUAUAUGUGGAAUGUAGAAAAAAAUAUAUAUAUACUUCUACAUAUGCAAUAUACCAACAAGAAGCACGCAGCUAGGAGGUACAGGUGAUCAAGUGCCAAUCACAUUUGGAUUAGGUGUGAAAAAUUAGUAAUUUGUUAGUAGCACCCCUACAUAUGUUCUAGCCUAUCUAUGCAUCAUGACGUAUACUGUUGUUGAUUUGGUACAAGUGAUAUUAAGUUACAAGACUCUUGACAUGAGUCUUUUGAUUAA